UCGGGUUCUGUUUUAACCGUUCUACGUGUUUUUUUUUUUUUUGUCCAAAAUGUUGACAAUAUAUUCACAAUAGCGAAUUACUGACGAAAGCACAUUACUACAUUCUUCCACAGGAGUAAACUUAAUGUGCUGAUAAUUCUCUUUGGAGGUUGGUUGUUUCAAUGAAUGCUCCUAAAAAGAGGGGCCUACCCAAACCGCUGCCAGAUGGCUUCACACUGACUGACACGGUGAAGAAGAAAUGGAGACUGGGGAAAAUCCUGGGUCAAGGUGGCUUUGGACUGAUUUACUAUGCAUCCAACAACAUUGCCAGCCCAGUCUCAGCUGAUACUGACUUUGUGGUAAAAGUGGAGUACCUUGAGAAUGGCCCCCUCUUCUCUGAGCUCAGCUUCUACAUGAGAGCAGCCAAACCAGAGAGUAUCCAAAAAUGGAUAAGAAGUAGAAAACUUGACCACCUCGGCAUCCCAAAAUACUGGGGAUCAGGGCAGGCUGAGUACAAUGGCCUUAGGUAUCGUUUUAUGGUUAUGGAGCGACUGGGGACUGAUCUUCAGAAAAUAAGUGAGCGUAAUGGAGGUCGCUUUAAGAAAGCUACUGUCCUCCGAGUUGGUCAAAUACUGGUGGAGAUACUGGAAUAUAUCCAUGAGAAUGAAUAUGUUCAUGCAGACAUCAAGGCUUCCAACCUCAUGUUGAGUCAUAGAAACCCUCAAGAGCUCUACUUAGUUGACUAUGGGCUGGCCCGCAGGUACUCUAUUGAUGGUGUCCAAAAAGACUAUAAGGAAAAUCCCAAGAAAGGCCAUAAUGGAACCAUUGAGUACACCAGUCUUGACGCUCACAAAGGUGUUGCCCCAUCAAGACGUGGAGACAUCCAGAUUCUUGGUUUUUGCCUUCUUCACUGGUUAUGUGGCUCUCUUCCCUGGGACAAUGAUCUCAAGAACCCAGUUAAGGUCAUGGAAGCCAAAGCCAUACUCAUGGAUAAGCUGCCAGAGUCGGUCCAGCAGCUGUCAGUGUCUGGAGUAAGUACAGCUGAGGUGGCUGCCCUGCUCCUGUACGUGAGAUCUCUAGGCUUCCAAGACAAGCCUGACUACCAGCGCCUAAAGCAAAUUUUGUCUACUGGAGCAAAGGAAAAGCUGGAUUUCUCUGUACCUCAUGGAGUCGGGGAGAAGUCCAUGUCUAAGGUGCCCGAUACCCCCAUUAGGGGCAAGAGAACGGCCAAAGGUCGAGGCUUCCCAAAAGCGAAGACUGCAGCCAUGGAAUUGGUUGAUGAUGAGGAGGAGGAUGAUGAUGAAGAGGAGGAGAAUAAGUUUAAACAAGUGUCAAGUUGCAACAGACGAGGGCCACCCACACCACAGCAUACUCAUGAGUACCCAUCCUGGGCGAAGUAAAUACAUCAGGGAUGCCCAGACACCGGUGGCUUCGGCUCGUUUGUUCUCCCUGCCCCUGGUGCAACUGCAGACGUCCCCCCAACCCAUCUCUGGGUCGGGCGAAACUGCGCCCCGCGCCGCCGCUAACAGUGGAUCGACACAUUGAGCACCCCUGACUUACGUACUUUAUUAAGUUAUUAUGACGCGGCUCUUUUGUUAUGUUCUGAAAGAAGGACUCUAUUACAUUGUCGAACGCGGAUUUCUAGAAUGUUAAGGAUGAGGAUGGCUGUCGACGGAGCUUUUUAUUAAUACUGCUGCUUUCCGACAAGUACAUGGACGCCAGACUGCCAUUCCGUCUUUUGGAGAUGUCCGGAACAUUCAUAGGAAAUAACAAUCGCCUAUUUUGAACAUGACUGUGGUGACUAUACGUCGUAUGGCCAGUUAGCCCGUGUUACACGCUAAUAAACCAUCUUUUUACUUCUAUUUUAUUUUGUAUUGUGCGUGAUUAAAUUGUCUUAAACGCAAUACAACUGCUUUGUUAUAUUUUGCUGGUUUGACCAAGGGGAUUUAUUCUAAAUUCACACAUAACAUGUUAUAAACUGAGACAAAUUAGUCGCCCAAGCCCACCCC